AUGAAGGGGUGUCCUUGUUUGAAUUCAGGGACCGAGACGGAAUCAAUUUUGGCUCUGAGGCUGGUGAAUGGAGGUGACCGGUGUCAGGGCCGCGUGGAAGUGCUGUACCAGGGCUCAUGGGGCACCGUGUGUGAUGACGGAUGGAAUACCAAUGAUGCCAACGUGGUGUGCAGGCAACUGGAUUGCGGCUUGGCCUGGUUGGCUCCAGGAGGUGCCCGGUUCGGGCAGGGCUCAGGGCCGAUUUUCCUGGAUGACGUGAGCUGCUCAGGGCAUGAGUCCCACCUGUGGAACUGCCCGCACAGAGGCUGGAACUCUCACAAUUGUAACCACGGGGAGGACGCCGGUGUCGUCUGCUCAGGUGCUCAGCCCCAGUACACAUUCGCGCCAGAUACCUGGCCCUCCACAUCCACACCUGAAGCGACAGCGCCAACCACAACAGGGACCGCGACCGAAUCGAGUUUGGCUCUGAGGCUGGUGAACGGAGGUGACCGGUGUGAGGGCCGCGUGGAGGUCCUGUACCGGGGCUCAUGGGGCACCGUGUGUGACGACGGAUGGGACACCAACGACGCCAAUGUGGUGUGCAGGCAGCUGGGCUGCGGCUGGGCCAGGUCGGCUCCAGGAAGUGCCCGGUUUGGGCAGGGCUCAGGACCGAUUGUCCUGGAUGACGUGAGCUGCUCGGGGCAUGAGUCCCACCUGUGGAGCUGCCCACACAGAGGCUGGAACUCGCACAACUGUAACCACGGGGAGGACGCCGGCGUCAUCUGCUCAGGCUCAGUGAGGCAGGCACAGGCAGUGGACAGAGGAAAGGGAGGCGCUGGGCGGGCACUGGCAGUGUCCAUGCACAGUGCAUACUGGGAUAUGAGCUCGAUGCUCAGCCCGAGUCCACACUCGCGCCAGGGCUCAGGGCCGAUUGUCCUGGAUGACGUGAGCUGCUCGGGGCAUGAGUCCCACCUGUGGAGCUGCCCGCACAGAGGCUGGAACUCGCACAACUGUAACCACGGGGAGGAUGCCGGUGUCAUCUGCUCAGCUGCCUGGCCCCAGCACACAACCACACCAGAUUGGUGGUACACAACAACUCCUUACUAUGAUUGGUGGUACACAUCAUCUACAACCCCUGAGGCAAAUUAUGCCUGUGGAGGCCUCCUGUCCCAGUCAUCAGGGCGCUUUUCCAGCCCAUUCUAUCCUGGGAACUAUCCAAACAACGCCAGAUGUGUGUGGGACAUUGAAGUCCAGAACAAUGACCGUGUAACACUUGUCUUCAGAAAUGUCCAGCUAGAAGGAGGCUGUAACUACGAUUACAUAGAAGUAUUCGACGGUCCCUACCACAGUUCCCCUCUCCUUGCCCGGGUUUGUGAUGUGGCAAAUAGAUCCUUCACUUCGUCAUCCAACUUCAUGUCCGUUCGUUUUGUCAGUGAUGGCAGCAUCACAAGGAGAGGGUUCCAGGCUGAAUACUACUCUAGUCCUUCCAAUGACAGCACCAAACUGCUGUGUCUGCAGAAUCAAAUGCAAGCCAACGUGAGCAGGAGUUACCUCCAAUCCCUGGGCUAUUCUGCUUGGGACCUUGCCAUUCCCACAUGGAACGAAACCUACCAGUGUAAGCCCCAGAUAACGUCAAGCCAGGUGACCUUCACAAUUCCCUACUCAGGCUGCGGUACCACCCAAAAGGUGGAUAAUGAUACCAUCAUCUAUUCCAACUUCCUCAAAACAGCUGUUUCAAGUGGCCACAUCAAGAGGAGAGGGGAUCUCCACAUUCACAUCAGCUGCAAAAUGCUCCAGGAUAACUGGGUUAACACAAUGUACAUUGCUAAUGAUAACAUCGAGGUCGAGGAAGUACAGUAUGGCCAUUUUGAUGUGAACAUUUCCUUUUAUACAUCAUCUUCAUUCUCACAUCCCGUGACCAGCAGCCCAUACUAUGUGAACUUGAACCAAAACUUGUACCUUCAGGCUGAAAUCCUCCAUUCCGAAGCCUCCUUGGCCUUGUUUGUGGACACCUGUGUGGCGUCACCAAAUUCCAAUGACUUUACCUCUUUGACUUAUGAUCUAAUCCGGAGCGGGUGUGUGAAGGACGAAACCUACCAGUCCUACUACCAGCCAUCACCCCGUAUCGCCCGCUUCAAGUUCAACUCCUUCCACUUCCUGAAUCGCUUCCCCACUGUGUACCUACAGUGUAAGAUGGUGGUGUGCAGGGCCUACGACCCCUCUUCCCGCUGCCACAGAGGCUGCAUUGUGAGGUCGAAGAGGGACGUGGGGUCCUACCAGGAGAAGGUGGAUGUCGUCCUGGGGCCCAUCCAGCUGCAGGCCUCCCACGUGAAGAAGAGGAGCCUGGCCCCCGUGGACAUGAAAUCAGGUGUGGGCAGGGCCGUGGAGACAACCAGUUCUGAUGCCAUCACCCUGCACCGGGACCACAGCCCUUACUGUCAUCCUGACUUUGACAUCCUCUCCUUCCCAUACCUCCCGAUGGCUGGCGUGGAGGAGAAGGCCAGCUCCCAGGUGAGCUACCGCAGCACUGCCACCUUCGUGGGGGUCUUCCUGGUCGUGGCCCUGGCCGUGGUGCCCAUCACACUGAGGAGGAGCUUCCAUACCCCCCCUGGAAGCCUUCCCAGCAUGGGCCGCCCAGCCUUCCUGCUCUGCCUGCUACUCUUCCAUGUGGCCAUUCGACAGGAAGCAGUUUGUUCCAGGAGGGACAUCAGAAGACACAGAGAACGGCCAUGGAAGAGAAGCACCCUGCCGGGCACACCUGUGGAGCAGCGAGACAGCUGGCCACAGCUACAGCUAGUGAAUGGCUCAGGAGGAUGUUCUGGACGUGUAGAAGUUUUCUACCAUGGCCAGCGGGGCAGGGUUUGCGAUGACCGCUGGGACCUGCACGACGCUGACGUGGUGUGCCGGCAGCUGAACUGUGGGCAUGCCCUGGCAGCUCCUGUGGAGGCCCACUUUGGUGAAGGUGAAGGCAAGUUUCUGCUGGAUGAUGUGGACUGCACAGGAAGGGAGAGUUCUCUAGGACAAUGUCCUCACGCCGGCUGGUCCCUCCAUAACUGCGGUCCUGGAGAAGAUGCCAGUGUCAUCUGCUCAGAGACGGAGCAUUUAAAACCUGCAUUGGGUGAUGGAAAUUCAGCAACCAUAUUAUCAGUUCUGCCAGCUGCCAUCUCAACUCAACUCUCUCCUACAACAGCAGCACAUUCAGCAUCAGCAGCACUCUCAGCUUCCACCAUCCCAGAAGACGUUAACCACCCAACCAUAUCAUCAGAGCUACCUGUGGUCGACUUGCCAUCUCUGAGUCACAGAGCUGAUGAUCUUUGGCCCAGUUCAUCAGAAGCCUGGCCCAUGCUGAGGCUCGUUAACGGCAGUGGAAGGUGCUCUGGAUGGGUGGAGGUUUUCUACCAGGGCAACUGGGGUUCGGUGUGUAGUGACGGCUGGGGUCUGAAGGAGGCGCACGUCGUGUGCAGGCAGCUUGGAUGCGGUCAGGCAGUGUCUGCCUCCCUGGGUACCCACUUCAGCCCUGGCUUUGGGAAGAUUCUCCUGGACAAUGUGCACUGCAGUGGUGAGGAGAGGCACCUGGCCCUGUGUGCCCACGACACCUGGUUCACUCACAACUGUGACCACCAGAACGCCGGAGCCAUCUGCUCAGAAGCAGAAUUAUGUGAUGACCUCUGGGACCUGACCGAGGCCACCGUCGUGUGCCAACAGCUGCAAUGUGGCCAGGCUGUGGCAGCCCCCACAGGGGCCCACUUCGGGGCAGGCUCAGGGAAGAUCAUGCUGGGCGAUGUGCAGUGUACGGGGCGUGAGAGCCACCUGGGGCAGUGUGUGCGUAAGGACGAGGCCGGGCACAACUGCGGGCACCUGGAGGACGCUAGCGUUGUCUGCACAGGCGCUGAUCCCACAGCUGCUCAACCUACAGAAAAAUCUUCCUGUGGCAGCAUUAUUACUAACUCAUCUGGAGCAAUCAGGAACCCCCCGCAGAAUGAAAUGCAUAACAACAUCACGUGUGUGUGGGAGAUCAGGGCAAACGUGUCUGACCAGAUACGGCUGGCAUUUCCAUACCUUAGUGACCUCGCUUUGUUGUUCCUUCUAGCUGACGGCUUCUCAGAGCCUUCACUGACCACAGCCUCUGAGGCCUGGACACCUCCACCUGCAGGAGCCUGGAUGGCUGUGAGACUGAUGAAUGGCACGGGGAGGUGCUCAGGCCGCGUGGAGGUUCUCAUCCAGGGCACAUGGUGGACCGUGUGUGAUGACCUCUGGGACCUGACCGAGGCCACCGUCGUGUGCCAACAGCUGCAAUGUGGCCAGGCUGUGGCAGCCCCCACAGGGGCCCACUUCGGGGCAGGCUCAGGGAAGAUCAUGCUGGGCGACGUGCAGUGUACGGGGCGUGAGAGCCACCUGGGGCAGUGUGUGCGUGAGGACGAGGCCGGGCACAACUGCGGGCACCUGGAGGACGCUAGCGUUGUCUGCACAGUUUGGGACCUGAACGAAGCCAAGGUCGUGUGCCGACAGCUGGGGUGCGGUCGGGCCAUUGCUGCCCCUGGAAAGGCCCACUUUGGUCUGGGCUCUGGAGAUAUCCUUCUGGACAACCUCUAUAUACCUUUCUUCAUGCAUGCAGAUGCUGGGGGCUGGGUUCCAGAUGUGACUCCUACACCCUCAGGAGGAAGUAACGCUUGUGGGGGGAUCGUCUCUAGCCCCUCUGGUGCAUUUUCCAGUCCACGGUAUCCAGAAAACUACCCAACAGACAUCCAGUGUGUUUGGGAGAUCCACGUGAAUAAAAAAUUCCGCAUAAAACUCAUGAUUCCAAGUUUGAAAUUAGAGGACAUCUAUGGGUGCCCUUACGACUUCAUCGAAGUGUUUGAUGGACGGCAAGUUGCCUCACCCUCCAUGGGCAGAUUUUGUGCUGGGUCGGAGCUCAUGUUUCUCUCUUCUUCGAACAUCAUAACCGUAGUGUUCAGGAGUGACGCCAUGGUCACCAACACAGGGUUUUAUACUCUGUACAAUGCCAUUCAGCAAGACGGAAGCGAGAGUGGUGUGUCCCUGAGACUGGUGAAUGGCAGCCACAGAUGUGAGGGCCGGGUGGAGGUCUUCUACAAUGGCACCUGGGGCACGGUGUGUGAUGACAACUGGGACCUGACAGACGCGAGGGUGGUGUGCCAGCAGCUCAGCUGUGGCGAGGCCGUGUCAGCCCCAGCACAGAGCUACUUUGAAGGAGGCAUUGGCCCCAUCAUUUUGAGUGAUAUACAGUGUACAGGGAACGAAGCUACGGUGUGGCAGUGCACACACAACGGGUGGUUCUCCCACAACUGCGGGCACCAUGAAGAUGCCAGUGCCAUCUGCACAGGUGUUGAUGGCAGUUCAAAAGCAGGACCAACAGACUCAACUGGUGACAGCCCCCCUACAGAUGAAAAUUUCCACUGUGGCGGUUUGCUCACAAAUGCUUCUGGCUCCUUCUCCAGCCCUUGGUAUCCUAAAAAAUACCCCACAAAUGUGGUAUGUGCCUGGGACAUUCAAGUGGACACCAGAGCUCAUGUCAAACUUACAUUUGAGGUGCUGAAGCUGGAAAACUUCUAUGGCUGUCCAUACGACUUCCUGGAAAUUUUCGAUGGUCCACAAAGCGAAUCUUUGUCACUGGGGAGGUUCUGUUCCAGUACAACCCCAAUAUUUACCUCCUCCUCAAAUCGCUUGACCGUCGUCUUCCACAGCGAUGCUAUCAUCACCAACAUCGGCUUUUAUGCCACCUAUGAGUCUCUUGUGCCAGACGAGAACAAUACGGAUGUGGCCCUCAGGCUGACCAACGGCCGCCACCGAUGCGAGGGCCGUGUGGAGCUACAGUACAACGGCACCUGGGGGACAGUGUGCGACGACAGCUGGGACCUGCGUGACGCCCAGGUGGUGUGCAGGCAGCUGGCCUGUGGCAUGGCUGUAUCGGCCCCCCAGAGGGCGCAUUUUGACCGAGGCCAGGGCCCCAUUGCUUUGGACGACGUGGAGUGUGUGGGGACUGAAGGCAGACUAUGGCGAUGCCUGCACAAUGGUUGGUUCUCCCACAACUGCAGCCACCAUGAAGAUGCCGGCGUCAUAUGCUCAGCCUCGCUGACUUACUCAACACCAUCAGCCACUGUGAGUCACCUAACUUCAGCACCUUUUCCAAAGCCAACAGACGUGCCCACAUCCACAGGUCUGGGCCUGCGGCUGGUGAAUGGGUCAAGCAGGUGUGAGGGCCGAGUGGAAGUCUACCACGCCAAUACCUGGGGCACGGUGUGUGAUGACAGCUGGUCCAUAGAGGACGCCCAUGUGGUCUGCAGACAGCUGGGCUGUGGCCUGGCCGUGUCUGCCCUCCCAGGGGCCAGCUUCAGCCCCGGGUCAGGCAGCAUCCUCCUGGAUGUAGUCAACUGCACAGGAAGAGAGUCCUCUCUAGGGCAGUGCCUUCACGGCGGCUGGUUCACCCACAACUGUGGUCACCAUGAGGACGCUGGCGUCAUCUGCUCAGAUUCUGCAGCAUCUGGACCCCCAGGGAUCUUUUCUCCGACUCCUGCGAAACAGCCAGGUGUUUUCCAUCCAAUAGACCUGCCCGUGGUGAGACUGGCCAACGGAAAAAGCAGGUGUGAGGGCCGCGUCGAGAUCCAGCACAACGGCACCUGGGGGACGGUGUGCGACGACCUCUGGAGCCUGUCUGCCGCCCAGGUGGUAUGCCGGCAGCUGGGCUGCGGGGCGGCCCUGGCGGCCCCAAGGAACAGUCUGUUUGGUGAUGGCUUUGGCCCCAUCUUCCUGGAUGACGUGUGGUGCAUGGGCAAUGAGACCAGCCUGGGGCGGUGCCACCACUUUGGCCUGUCUGUGCAUAACUGUGGGCACCACGAGGACGCUGGGGCCAUCUGCUCAGCUGCUGAAGUUGUCCCAGAGUCAGCAGAAACAGCUCCUACAGUUGACUUGGCCGUCAUCAGGCUGGUGGACGGGAGGAAUCGCUGCGAAGGGCGAGUUGAAGUAUACCACGAUGACACAUGGGGCACAGUGUGUGACGACCUCUGGGGUAUCAACGCCGCCCAUGUGGUGUGCCAACAGCUGGACUGCGGGGAAGGCGUCAGAGCCCCGCAGAGCGGCCACUUUGGGGAGGGUGUGGGGGGCAUCUUCCUGGACGACGUGCAGUGCCAGGGUAAUGAGACCACCCUGGGCCAGUGCCAGCAUCGGGGCUUGUCCGUCCACAACUGUGGUCACCAUGAGGACGCGGGAGUCGUUUGCUCAGCAUCAGUCAUGGAAAUGGCCACUUCACCUGCUUCAAUCUCAACUGCUGUGACCUCCACUCCAGAUGCAUCUUUAACCUCUGCAGAAGUGGACAUCCCCUCUGAUACAACUCCCACUUCAGGCAAAGAGCCUUCUUCACCAGACCCUCCCCUGCGCCUGGUCGAUGGACGCAGCCGCUGCGAGGGCCGUGUUGAGGUCUGGCACCAGGGCGUGUGGGGCACGGUGUGUGACGACUACUGGAACAUCAAGAACGCCCGUGUCGUGUGCCGCCUUCUGGGCUGCGGCCACGCGCUCAGGGCCCUUGGGCGCUGCCGCUUCGGCCGGGGCUCCGGGCCCAUCCUGCUGGACAACGUGCGCUGUGAGGGCACCGAGGAUGCGCUGGAGCACUGCGCCCACUCUGGCUGGGCUCAACACGACUGCCAGCACCAGGAGGACGCGGGCGUGGUCUGUGCAGCUCCAGCCAUUCCUCCUGCUGUUGGAGGACCCACUCUAAAUGGUGAAGCUGACUCUACUGUACCCAAGGACAAUGCCCAGCUCUCCUGCUUGCCUCACUUCUUUCAAGUCACCAUUGACCGAGGCUAUCUCCGGAGGCUGGGCUACUCCUCCUGGGAUGUCCGUUUAAAUGAUGAGCAUUGUCGCCCCCAAGUCACGGGACGCUACCUGAUCUUCAACAUUCCCUAUGGUCACUGUGGCACUGUCCAACAGGAAAGCCUUGGCUCCCUCAGCUACUCCAACUCCAUCAGAGGCCGAAUACGGGGCCACCCUGGCCCGGUCAUUGUGCGGCACAGGGUGCCCCAGCUGAAGUUCACCUGCAGGGUGGACGGCCCAUCAGCCAUUGAAAUUGUUCCUGGGGCUGACACCCCAAGGCAGAGCGCUGGCCAUGAUGUGUCCAUAUCAUUCCUCGAGUUGCCCGUGUCACAGCACGUGGGGCGCGCGGGGCCGUACUACGCCAGCCAGAGAAACGAGGUCAUCCUCCAGGCCACACUCCACAGCCCCAAUCCCAGCCUGACUCUCUCUGUGGAUACCUGCGUGGCUUCACCAGAUCCCCGCGACUUUACAACUGUCAAGUACGAUUUGAUCCGGCAAGGGUGCAUCAAAGACAAUACCUAUGUCAACCUCCACUCUCACCAGAAGAACAUGGCCCAGUUCAAGUUCAAUGCCUUCAACUUUCUCAACAGCUAUGAUGUGAUCUAUCUGCAGUGUGAGGUCGCCGUGUGCAAAGUGGGGGACCACUCUUCCCCAUGCUCCCGAGGCUGUGCAGGGCGGAACAAGAGGGGUGCAGGCCCCGUGGAGGCCAUGGAAGACCAGACUGAGCAUUUCCAAAUGGUGGGGCCCCUAGAAAUCCACAAAGGAACUGAUCAGAGCAAGGACUCCAUGUGAUCCCUCCCACACAUGAAUCUGUUAGAAAUUAGAAGCAAAGUUUAUUUCUCUUCAAUAAAAUAAUGAGUUUGACAAAUCAGAGGUUGUCCCAUAGAGACAGGUAAAGAAACAGCUAAGAAGGUUCCCUCUGAGGUUUGUUGCUAAAUAAAUCUUCUCUGAUUACUAAACUUCUAAGGCAAAUGCUCUCUUUGCAGGCUAGAAAUGUUGCAUUUUCUAAUUCUUCACUGACCAGAACUGUAUUGUUGUCUUAAACUGUACAAAAUGUUAUAAAGAACAAAGUUAUCCAUCUAUACCACAUUGCACCUUAAAAAGUGUUUUAAUUGACCCCUUAAUGUUCAGAUGCUAGUAGGUUGAUCAUUUUGUUUCUGUCUAUCUGGUGGUGUGAAAAUUUAUUUUCAAAUCUUGCCAAGAGUCUUAUGAAAAAUAAACUACUCACAAGUGUC